GGACCACACGCUAAUUUUGAGUCCAAAUGUAUCGAAGUUUUGUCGAAUCUGCACAUCAAGCAACGGAGUAGUUUGUCCCAUUUACGAACUUUCCACCGAGGCCAAAGGUAUGACGAUGCUUCAUACAAUGCUGGCAAAACUCUUCCCAACGGUGUUCAAUGAGUCGCAAAUGUUAAGUGAUAAAGCUAUGAACUGGCCAUCGAAAAUAUGUCAGGAUUGCAAAGGCAAAGUUAUAGAAUCGUACAGGUUGUACGAGCUCUGUACGAAAAGCGUUCGUCAAUUGACAAUACUAACAGCAAAUCAACAAACACAAGAUGAAAACGAUGAUCCACUCGCACAGAUCAAAAUGGAGUUUGUAGAAUGCGAGGAACUCACGGAGCUGAAGAAAGAAUAUGACCCGGACGACCAGAUCUCAGAAUGCAGAGGAUUCGGAAGUGUUUCGCCUACAGAGGAUGUGUUCAAAAACGAUGAAGAGAGCUGUUCUUCAACUGCAAACGAACCGCAGCUAAAACCAAGCAUAAGCUUUUGUGAAGGAUUGGACCACAACUAUUCGGCACUAACACGGAUACGAGUUCCUGUACGUCAACCACCUGCGCUUGCCACCGUACCUACAUCAUCCGAUCAAGUUUCUCAAUUACCUACUUUACCCCAGCUACCCAUUCCUGUUCCUAAUACUACCAUCAUUUAUAGUAUACCUGAACGACUAUCCAAACAAGUUACGAAAUCCUCUGUUCUUCCCUCUUUACCAUACCGAUCGGUUAAACCUAGUCCUGCUCUUGUUGAUCGCCCGGUUGCUUUUGAUACUACUCCGGCUUCUACAUCAUGUGCACCCACUUCUGCUCACAUUCCUGUAUCUAAAUUUCCAUUUCAGUCGUAUGAGGAACGAAUAGAGAAGUAUAUGCAAGUCCUUACAAAAAUUGCGAGAAACCUGCAAGGAUCUGUAAACCAUAUAUUUAAGACGUUAUGCCAAAGAGAAGGCACCGUUACGCGCGAAUUCGAAUUUGAAAAGGUGUCAAGUAAGGAGGAAUUAGAAUCGUUCAAUUCCAAAUUAGAAAAUGACCCAAUUUUCAUGGCAAAAAUGCUAAGCCACAUUAUUUACGCCAUAUAUACCGUUUCUAGCAUAGACGAUCGGCUGAGUACUAUAUUAAACUUGCUAUUCGAUAAACAGUUUUUGCGACAAUGCAGCUGGACAGGACGAGGUUUCCCGAAUCCAAAGAUCUGUUUAUCAGAUCAAGAACAUAUCUUGAGUUUAUGUAAAUUCGCGGGAGGAAACAAUUUUAUGGAACUUACCGAUGAAUAUGUAAAAUCAUUCUUCUUAAAAAAACUCUAUCAUUCAUCGCAUCCACAGAACACUUCAAAUUGUGUUCCUAAGAAACGUCCUUGUCCUGAUUAAAAAUAUAAGAAACAACACUGGUUAGUGUAAAACAGAGAUGCUUAGGAAGUUUGUGAAUUAGUAUGUAUAGCAAAAGGAUUGUCAGUAUAGAGUUAUGUAGUAAGAAUCUUAUUUGUUCGUAUAUAGGUUUUGCAUACGGUUGGUUACACUAUUAGGUAGCUUAUAAUUGAGUAUUCGAUAUUACAUGGAUUACUUUACAUUUUUACAAUAUUGAGGUAACUAGUUGGAUAACUAUAUUUUUUUGUUUGAGUU